AUGCCCCUCCCCUCAACAAGACUGUUCAGCCCAUAUGGCUCUGAUCGGUUGGUCCAGCUAGCAGCCAGGCUCCGGCCAGCACUAUGUGAUACCAUGAUCACCGUAGGAGACCAGGAGUUUCCUGCACACAGCCUGGUACUAGCAGGUGUGAGCCAGCAGCUGGGCUGCAAGGGCCAGUGGGCUCUGGUAGAAGGCAUCAGCCCUUCCACCUUUGCCCACCUUUUGAGCUUUGUUUAUGGGGAGAAUGUAGAGCUGCAGCCUGGGGAGCUGAGGCCUCUUGAGGAAGCAGCCAGGGCUUUGGGGGUGCAGGCCCUGGAAGAGGCAUGCAGAAGGGCUCGAAGGGACAAGGUUGAAGAACUGGAUGAAGGGCUGAAGAAACAUCAGGAGGAGCCAGAGAAACCCACAAGGGAUUCAGAAAGAGGACUGUGGGGGCUUGGAGAGAUGCAAAAACCAAAGAAAUUUUUUAGAAUUGGUGGGAGGGAACAGGAGACAUUGCACGGGCACAAACCACCAAUAGAGUACUCUGAGAUGACAAGAGCAAUACCAGAAGGUCAGGGGGAGAUGAGAUCAAAGAAACUCAGCCAAAUCCCUGUUGACUACCAGGGAGCAGAUAGACAGCAAGGAGUGGUCGUGAGGGUGACAGAGAGAACAGGGGGCUCUGAGGAAAGUCUUCAGGGGUUCCCUAGUCCCCUUCCCCCAGCAGGUUCCCUCCAAACCAGCAUCAUCCCCAAGCCUUGGUGGGCCCAGGCCCCUUGGUUGCGGGAGGGCCAGCCUGCCCUGUGGAGCAUCUUGCUGUGGCCGCCCAGAUAUGGCACUCCCUUCUCCCAUAGCACACCCAGCACUGGAACCUGGCAGGAGGUCUGGCCUUGGAACCAGAGGAUCCCUCUGACCCUGAACAGCCCUAAAGGGUUCUGGAGUCAGAAUCAGUUGGCUUCCUCCAGCCCUACCCCAGGUUCCCUCCCCCAGGGCCCUGUGCAGGUCAGCCCUGGGGAGAUGGAAGACUCUGGGCAGGAGCGCAGAGGCUCCCGGACAACCUGUGUGGGUCAUGAGGGCACAGCAGGCUGCCCAUCUCGCCAACACCCUCCCCCGCCUCCUGCUCGGUCUCGGCCCUAUUCUUGCUCUGUCUGUGGAAAGAGGUUUGCACUCAAGCAUCAGAUGGAGACGCACUACCGAGUCCACACAGGAGAGAAACCCUUCUCCUGUAGCCUCUGUCCUCAGCGCUCCCGGGACUUCUCUGCCAUGACCAAGCACCUGCGGACACACGGGGCUGCUCCCUACCGCUGCCCUCUGUGCGGGGCCGGCUGCCCUAGCCUGGCCUCCAUGCAGGCGCACAUGCGCGGCCACUCGCCCAGCCAGCUCCCGCCCGGAUGGACCAUACGCUCCACCUUCCUCUACUCUUCCUCCUCCUCGAGGCCGUCCCAGGCCUCCACCUCUCCUGGUAGUGCCCCCUCCACCACCACCUGA